GCACAGAGGCAGAGACCGAGAGAGAAGGUGCCCUCCGAGCUGCGUAUCUUCCUAUUACUGUGCAUCACACGCACAGAGAAACGGAAACUACUUUCUGUGUACUGGGUCUCUCCAAAUGUCCGUGACUAACCCCACAGCAAGCGCUCCGUGGACGUUUUGACCGGCUGUAACAGUGUUGAGUGUGCGGCACAGGUAAAGAUGGCGAGGGGACCGGUGCUGGUGUUUCUGUCGCUGCUGCUCACGGAAGCUUUAACGGCGCAGGGGUUGCCCAUCAACGGCGUGAACGGAUUCAGUCUGCACCCACCGUAUUUUAAUCUAGCGGAGGGGACUAAAAUCACGGCCACGGCAACCUGCGGAGUGGACGAGAGCCAGCAGCCGAUUCAAGACCUCUACUGCAAACUGGUCGGGGGGCCCGUGUCAGGGGACCCAAGCCAGACUAUUCAGGGCCAGUACUGUGACAUCUGCACCUCAGAAGACACUAACAAAGCGCAUCCCAUCAACAAUGCCAUCGAUGGCACCGAGCGAUGGUGGCAAAGCCCUCCUCUCUCCCGCAGUGCAAAAUACAACGAGGUCAACGUCACUCUGGACUUAGGACAGCUUUUCCAUGUUGCAUAUGUGCUCAUCAAGUUUGCCAACUCGCCACGGCCGGACCUGUGGGUGCUGGAGCGCUCCAUUGACUUUGGGAAAACAUACCAGCCAUGGCAGUUCUUCGCCUCCUCUAAGAGAGACUGUAUAGAGCGGUUUGGCCAGAGGACUAUCGAGAGGAUCAACCAUGAUGACGAUAUCAUCUGCACAACAGAGUACUCACGCAUUGUCCCUUUGGAGAAUGGAGAGAUUGUGGUGUCUCUGGUGAACGGACGUCCGGGUGCCAUGAACUUCUCCUACUCUCCUAUUCUGAGGGAGUUCACCAAGGCCACCAACAUCCGCCUGCGCUUCCUGCACACCAACACGCUGCUGGGUCACCUGAUGGGCAAAGCCCUGAGAGACCCCACGGUCACACGAAGAUAUUACUACAGUAUUAAGGACGUCAGUAUUGGAGGGAGAUGUGUGUGUAAUGGCCACGCUGAGGCCUGUAAUGCCCAAGAUCCCAACGAUCCAUAUAAGCUUCAGUGUGACUGCCGGCACAACACUUGCGGGCCGUCAUGCGAUCGCUGUUGCCCCGGCUUCAACCAGUUUCCAUGGAAACCAGCCACGACUUACAGUGCCAAUGAAUGUGAACCAUGUAACUGCCACAGACACUCAUCAGAGUGCUACUAUGAUCCAGAGAUCGAUCAGAGGAGAGCCAGUGUCAACAUGCAGGGAGAAUACAGCGGCGGAGGAAUGUGCGUCGAAUGCCAGCAUCACACCACAGGCAUCAACUGUGAGCGCUGCAUUCCUGGGUAUUACAGAUCACCUGAUCAUUCUCUUGAGUCCCCAUUCGCCUGUUCAAAGUGUCAGUGUGAGUCUAAGUUCACUGACGGCACAUGUGAGGAUCUGACCGGACGCUGUUACUGUAAACCCAACUACACCGGUGAGAACUGUGACACAUGUGCGGAGGGAUACGAAGGCUUCCCUGAAUGCUACCAGAGGUACAUCAGUGGAGAGGCCAGACCUGCAGGGGAAAUCAUUAACUGUGAGUGCAGCGCUGCUGGUACAGAAGGGAACUCCUGUAGGCCGGACCCUCGCACCAAUACAUGUUUGUGUAAACCUGAAUUCACCGGAGAACACUGUGACACCUGCGCUCCUGGUCACUUCGGCCUCAACUGUCAGCGCUGUCAGUGUUCAGGCCAGGGUUGCCUGGAUGGGUCCUGUGAUGCACUAACGGGCCAGUGUGUGUGUCGGAGCGGGUUUCAGGGUUAUUCAUGCGAGCAGUGUGCGCCCGGCUACUUCAACUACCCACUGUGCCAAUAUUGCGGUUGCAGUGUUGUGGGCUCUAUGCCUGAGAUAUGCAACACAGCCGGUAAGUGUUUGUGCAGGCCGGAGUUCACUGGUCCUCGCUGUGAUCAGUGUCGCUCAGGGUUCCACUCAUAUCCAAACUGCCAGGUGUGCACUUGUGACCCUCGCACAUCUUUGGACUCCAGCUGUACCUUGUCGGGUCAGUGUAACUGCAGACCCAACUACAGUGGCCCCAAAUGUGACCAGUGUGCACCCGGAUAUUACUCCUAUCCCAGCUGCACACCAUGCCGUUGUUCAUUGGAGGGCUCUCGCUUCAGCUCCUGUGAUCCAGUGUCUGGUCAGUGUGUUUGUCUGCCAAACAUUGUGGGUCAGAGGUGUGAUAGCUGCAGUCCUGGGUCAUAUGGCUUUCCCCUCUGCCUAGUCGAGACCUGCAACCCAGCAGGCUCUGUUCAUAAUGACAUCCUGCCCACUGUGGGCUCCUGCAACUGUCGGCCUCAUGUGGAGGGGGUGGCGUGUGAUCGCUGUAAGCCUCUCUACUGGAAUCUUUCUCCUGAUACAGUCUAUGGAUGCUCAAGCUGUGACUGUAAUACAUUAGGAACUAUGAGUGAGGUUGCAGAGUGCACUCAGAGCACCGGCCAGUGUUACUGUAAACCCAACGUGUGCAGCGGCACAUGUAACGUGUGCAAGGAGGGGUACUUCAACCUUCAGAAGAACAACUACUUUGGGUGCCAAGGCUGCCAGUGUGAUAUUGGAGGCUCUGUUGGGCAGGCGUGUAAUGAGAGGCACGGGCGGUGUCGAUGCAGACCCAAUGUGGAGGGACCCAAAUGCAACCAACCUCGGCCAGAUCAUUAUUUUCCAGACCUGCACCAUAUGAAGUUUGAAGUGGAGGAAGGCACCACCAUGGAUGGACGUCCAGUGAGGUUUGGUUACAAUCCUCUGGAGUUUGAGAGCUUCAGCUGGAGGGGAUAUGCCCAGAUGUCUCCCAUUCAGCCUCGGGUUCUGGUUGAGGUGGUGGUUGGCUCUCCAGACCUGUUUCAUGUGGUCUUGCACUAUGUGAACCGCGGGGGCGUGGACGUGAGGGGGCGGGUCUCUGUGAUCGAGGAUGGCAGACACUUCCUGUGUGGGAAUUGCUCUGAGCAGUCCAAGCAGAUCGUCUUUGCACCCACUUCAGAACCUACAUUUGUGAGCGUGCCUCAGAACAGUUUUGUGGAGCCAUUUGUCUUGAACCCAGGAACCUGGACUGUGAUUAUUGAGGCGGAGGGCAUUCUGCUGGACUACCUGGUGCUGUUGCCCAGUGCAUAUUACGAGGCUCCUAUCCUGCAACUUCAAGUGACUGAACCCUGUUCAUACAGCAACACACAGGAUUCCAGUCAAAACUGUCUGCAGUACAUGUAUCUGUCUCUGGAUGAGUUCCCAUCCAUCUCCAGCAAUGAUGCCAACUGCAGGUCUGAUAAUCACCUGCCCAGACCCUGCCACACUGAGAAGAUCACUCCCCGCCAUCCCAGCAUGGCCAUCUGCAGCGGCAAUGACAUGAACGUCCAGCUGCGUGGUCGUGUUCCUGUUCCUGGAGAGUAUGUGUUGGUGGUCGAGUACGCCAGUGAAGAUCAGUUUCCUCAAACUUUCAAUGUGUCUGUUAAUUCACCGGGUGAAAGCACUCAUCAAGAGCAAAUAACCCUGCUCCACUGCAAAUACAGUUUCCUGUGCCGUGCAGUGUCUGUAGAUGACAAGAAGCGUGUGGCAGUCUUCACUCUCUCCACAGAGGCUGAUAUCCUGCUUACCACAGACAGAAGCAGUUUUUUCCUUCACAAAGUGUUGCUCAUCCCUCGCGCUCAGUUCACCAUGGAGUACCUGAAGCCCAGAGUUCACUGCAUCAACACACAUGGGCACUUCUCUCCAGACAGCGGCUCCUGCAUCCCGUCUCGUUUCCAGAAUCCUCCUCAGUCUCUGGUCUUAAAAGAGGGUCAGGCUUCUUCUGUGCUGGACUCAACUAUGGCUUCAGCCCCUGAUCCCAGCCUUUAUGCAGACAGACCAAUGACUUCCAGACCACCAACCGCUGCUGAUAACAGUGAACACAUGCUUCUGGAUCCUAAUCAGAAUGCUGUAAUGUAUUCAACACGUGUACAUGCACUGGGCCGUUAUGUGUUCAUCCUGCAUUACCAUCAGCCCCUGCACCCAACUUACAACAUCCAGGUCCACAUCAACGGAGGACGCAUAUGGCAGGGCCACAUCAAUGCAUCCUUUUGUCCCCAUGGUUACGGUUGUCGUAGUGUUGUCAUGUCAGAGAGCCAGAUUAUCUUGGAUGUGACGGACUAUGAGGUCAUCCUGACCCUGCGUGUUCCAGACAGAAAGACACUGUGGCUGGACUAUGUGCUGGUGGUGCCAGAGAGCACGUACAGCUCCAGCUUUUUGUCUGAGGAGCCACUGGACAAAUCCUACGACUUCAUCAGCAACUGUGGUCAAAACAGCUUUUACAUCAACCCGUCCACAGCGUCUCCGUUCUGUCGUAACUCUGCUGUGUCUCUGUCUGCGUUCUUCAAUAACGGCGCCAUGCCCUGCGGCUGUCAUGAGGUGGGUGCUGAGAGCGAUACCUGCGACACCUUCGGAGGACAGUGCAAGUGCAGACCCAACGUGAUUGGCCGAGACUGUUCCCAGUGUGCCACGGGAUACUAUGGCUUCCCCAACUGUAGAUCAUGUAACUGUGGUACUCGUCUGUGUGAGCCAGUCACGGGCGAGUGCAUCUGUCCUCCACGGACCCUGCAGCCAGACUGUGUCACCUGUGAACCCCAGACAUUUGGAUGCCAUCCUCUGGUGGGGUGUGAGAUGUGCAACUGCUCCAGAUGGCUCAUGGGGUUGACUUUAUAAGACGGGUCUUUUGACAACACUAAUACUUUGUGUUAUUUGCAUCCUGCUAAAGCACAUUACUCCCUCCUCAGGUGCAGGAACAACAUUGUUGGCCGUCAGUGUGACAGGUGUGCCCCAGGUUUUUAUGGAUACCCCAACUGCAGACCAUGUGACUGCAGCGAGGCAGGAACUGAGAAAGAUGUCUGUCACUCCAUCACCGGACGCUGUUUCUGCAAGGAAAAUGUGGAAGGCUCUCGCUGUCACCAGUGCAAACUGGGAACGUUUCAUUUGGAACCAACUAAUGCUAAAGGCUGCACCAAGUGCUUCUGCUUUGGAGCCACUGACCGCUGCCACAGCUCUGACAAACGGAGGAGUGAGAUCAUGGACAUGGCUGGCUGGGUGCUACUGAGAAGUGACAGACAGGAAGUUCCCGUGUCCACGUAUCUCGAUCAAGAUCUGGUGGAGGCUGAUCUGAGUGACGUACCUGACGUCUCGCAGGACCUCCACUGGCACGCUCCUCGUGCUUACCUCGGCGAUAAAGUGUCAUCCUACGGAGGCUAUCUGCGCUACCGCUUGCAUACGCAGACCAUGAGAGGUGAUGCUUUUCUGAUAGUUGAGUCCACACGGCCUGACGUUAUACUCAAGGGGAAUCAGAUGACUCUGGUGUACAUGGAAAGAGAGUAUUCCUCUCCUGAAGACCCUCAUGAGGGCAUCGUUCACCUGGUAGAGGAGAGUUUCAGGCACGCUCAGACGGGGAACUCUGUGUCCCGUGAGGAGCUGAUGAUGGUGUUGGUGGCGCUGGAGUCACUGCAGAUCAGAGCGCUGCACUCUCAGUCUGCUCAGUCGGUGUCGCUGCGCGCUGCUGUGCUGGAGGGGGCUGACAACCUGCCCUCUGGCCGCCAUGCAAACAAUGUUGAAAUUUGUCUCUGCCCAGGACACUAUCUAGGAGACUCCUGUCAGAAAUGUGCUCCAGGCUACUACAGAGACACGAAAGGGCUGUUCCUCGGGAAGUGUGUCCCUUGUAACUGUAACGGUCACUCUGACGAGUGUCUGCAUGGCUCUGGCAUAUGUGUGAACUGCCGCCAUAAUACCGCUGGAAAUCAUUGUGAGCAGUGCCUGGGCGGUUUUCAUGGGAACAACACUGUUGAUGGGCACGCGGUGUCCUGCUCCAGCUGCCCCUGCCCGCUGCAGGUGGCUUCAAACAAUUUUGCCAUUCGCUGUGUGGAGAAGCCCAAUCAUAUGCAGUGUCUAUGUAGGCCUGGCUAUGCUGGAUCUAAGUGUGAGAGAUGUGCACCAGGAUACUAUGGAAACCCAAUGGUGAUUGGCAGUACAUGCCAGCCGUGCAACUGCAAUGGAAACUCAGACCCCAACAUGCUGUUCAGCGACUGCCACCCUUUGACGGGCGAGUGUCAGAGCUGCAUGCACAACUCCGCCGGGCCGCACUGUGAGAUCUGUGCCCCGGGUUUCUACGGGGAUGCCAUCACUGCCAAGAACUGCACUCGAUGCAACUGUUCUCCUUGUGGCACUGAACGUUGUGACCCUCACACGGGACAGUGCCACUGUAAGCCUGGUGUGGUGGGAGCCCACUGUGACCUCUGUGAGGAUGGGGCAUUUGGCUUUGAUACCUGCACUGGUUGCCGUAAGUGUGAUUGUGAUGCAGCAGCGGCAUUGGUUCUGCCUUGUGACCCUGUCAAAGGCACGUGUGCCUGUCAGCCUGGGGUUAAUGGACCGAACUGCCGCCAGUGUGCUCCAGGUUACUGGGGCUACAGCUCUAAUGGCUGCAAGAAGUGUGAGUGUAGAGGAGGCCGCUGUGACCCUCGCACAGGAGAGUGUCAUUGUGCAGCAGGUCUGACAGGGAAGCAGUGUGACACGUGUCUUAAUAAAUACAGUGUCCCUGUGCUUCAUGGAGCAGAUGUGCACUGUCAGCUCUGUGACAGCUGUGUGAUAGUGCUGCUGGAGGAUCUGGACAAGGUAAACGAACGUUAUCAGUCCAUUGCCCAUCAGCUGAGCAGCCUCAAUGCCAGCUCAAUCGCCUGGGCUCAACUAAACCACCUCAAUGCGUCCAUUCAGGACAUUGCUAAUGCCAUAAAUAACUACAACAGCACUCUGGACAAGAGCAGGAACCAGGCCAGUAUGCUGGAGGGAGAGCUGCAAAUCAUUGACUUGGAUAUUAAAGAGUUAGAGGAGAAGGCCUCAGUCACACAAAAGAAAGGCGAUGCUUUAGAGGACAACACUAACUCCACACACACUAGAGCACAAGACCUGCUUGGAUUCAUCAAAGGCAUCAUGGGGGAUGUGCAAGAUACUAUACUGCAGGUGAACCGGACAGCGCAAAACGAGACCAAGGUGAUCGAUGAGAAGGAACUGGCUCGAAAAAUAGCAGAGGUGGAGUCCAUGCUCAGAGACAUGCGCUUCAGGGGCUUCGACUUCCAGAAGAAACUAGCAGAAAGUGAGCUGGACCAGGCCAACAAGUUGGUAGAUCGUGUGAAAAAUGAGAUUGCAAACCGGACACUAAAUAAUGAGGCUGUGGCAGAGAACAUCAGAAACAAACUCAACCAGUUCAAUCAGCAGCUGAUGGACCUGAGAGACGCUAUGAAUGAGGCUGUCAAAAACACAGCAAACGCCGUAGAGGCCAACAAUAUUAAUGAGAAACGCAUGGAGGAGUUGCAGAAUACAGUAAAUAACCUGCUGAAGAAGCAGAAGGAGGUGGAGAACCAGCUUCAGAUGGCAGAGGAUGAUGUGACGCAGGUCAACGACCUCCUCUCCAUGCUCCAGGACUCCAAAGAGGACUAUGAGCGUCUGGCUGCUCAGUUGGAUGGAGCGAGGCAGCCUCUAGCUGAGAAGGUUCAGAAAUACGCUCCCUCCGCCAAUAAAAUUCCCCUGGUAGAAGCUGCAGAGAAACACGCUGAAAUGCUGGACCAGCUCGCCAAUAAUCUUUCCAGUCUAAUAUCUGGCUCCAAUCGAGACGGUUUCAUACAGCGUGCUCUGAACGCAUCUGGCGCAUACACUGACAUUAUAAACAGCGUGCUGGAAGCCGAGACUGCAGCUAAGAAAGCCAGCGAAGCUGCUACUGAGGCUCUGGAGAACAUAAAGGACAAAGACCUGCCCCUACAAGCUGCUGCACUGAAGAAUCAGAGUAAUGAGCUUGUGAAGGAAGCAGAGGAACUGAAUAACAGCAGUCAAAGUCUAAAGCCACGUGUGGACUCAAUACAGAAAAGUUUGCAGGAUGCUGAGAAGAAAAAGGAGAAGAUGCUCCAAGACCUAAAGAACGUUCAGAAUAGCCUCAAUGCCAGUCGAGAAGACAUUGCAAAAGACAUCGUCGCAGCUAAGAGUGCAGUGGAGCAGGCUAACAACACGGUGGCUAAUGUUAGCAACGCGCUGGCUCCAAUUCAGAAGCAGCUGGAGGAAUGGCAGAAGCAGUACGGAGACUCCAACGCCACCAGCGACGAUAUCAACAAAGCCCUCAAUGAUGCCAAUACGUCAGUGGCGGCGCUGAGCGACACUCUUCCUCAGCUGAUGAAGAAGUUGGAUCGUCUGCAGAACACCUCAUUUCAGCCGUCCAACAUCUCCGACAGCAUCCAGAGAAUCCGCCAGCUCAUUGAACAGGCUCGCAAUGCUGCCAACAAGGUGAGCGUGUCGAUGCAGUUUAAUGGUAACUCAGGAGUACAAGUGAGGACGCCCAGUAAUGUGGCCGACCUGGCAGCCUAUUCAUCGCUACACAUGUACAUCAAGCUACCACGUGCCACACGUACACUACGCCAAACUGACACCGCCAAACCCCAGUUUGUCCUCUACUUUGGAAACAAAGAUUCCAAAAUAGAUUAUAUGGCAAUGACACUGGAAGGAUCAAAGCUGCGCUGGUACUUCAAUGUGGGAGAAGAUACAGCGCAGGUGCUAAUGACUGAGGACGUGAAUAAGGAUUACUUCAACAAAAUCGUCCUGGAGAGGACUCUACAGUAUGGUCAGAUGGCAAUGUCCACAGACUCAGAAGAAACAAAAAUAGUUAAACAAAGCAUGGAGGCAAGAGAAGGAAAAGGCCUGCUCAAUUUACCAGCUGAGGAGACUGUGUUUUAUGUCGGAUCUUAUCCCAGCACAUUCACUCCUCCAGUGGAUCUGAACAUGACAUCUCCUAACUUCUUCAAGGGCUGCCUGGAGUUAUUAAGUCUAAAUGAAGAACUAAUCAGCCUCUAUAACUUCGAGCAAACCUUCCAAAUGAACACCACAACUGACCUCCCUUGUUCACGGAGGAGGCCAGCAAAUACGCCCGAGUGGGGAGUUGACGGAGUGUAUUUUGAUGGUUCGGGCUAUGUUGAGGUUUUGUUCGAAACUCUGAAGGACGACCGUGUGUUUGAGCAGCAUGUCAAACUCAUCUCACAAAACGGCAUUCUCCUGUUGUUCCAAAGACAGGAUAAGUAUGUGUGCAUAGCUGUGCAAGGAGGUCUUCUGAAAGUCCUCCAUAACCUUGAUGGACAGGUGUCCAACUUAACUGACCCACAACAAGAGUCCAAAAUUAAAAUCAGUAAUGCGCAGGCGAAAUUUUUGGAUGUUAUCUUUCAACUUUCGAAAAAUGAAAUGCUAGUGAGGCUAGAUCGUCAGAAGGUCUACACGCUUUCCAGCAAAGAGCUCAGCUUCACGGGACGAUAUUUCCUGGGUGGAGUGCCAGAUGAUCAGAUGCCCGAGAGUUUAAAGAGUGUGUUUGGUAAGCGCGGCUCCAUAAAGGGCUGCCUCAGGACCAUUAAGGCCAUGAGAAGCUUCGUUCAAAUGAAGACCAUGAAGAGUGCAGGGAUCAGCUAUGGCUGUCCAGAUGACCUGCUGUUUACUCGUGAGGCUCAUUUCACUGGAGAAGGUUACCUGGGCUUGAAAAUGGACGAUGUACUGAAUCCAGACAACUUCUAUGCUGGCAUCGGCUUCAGAACUGAGCAGCAAACCGGGCUCAUGUUUUACCGCCAAGGCCAGAGUGACAGGUGUCAGGUGGUAUUAGACAGCGGCCAUGUAGUAGUCAGUACUGAAAAAAAUGGAGUCAGGUCUCAGAAGACAUACAACGAUGACAACAGUCACUAUGUUGCAUUUUACCGCAUUGGAGAUGGGUUACUUGUUUAUAUAGAUGAUGUUCUUGAGAAGCAAGGAGUAAAUGUCAGUGCGGCUGACAGCAGGACGGCGCUGCAAUCUGACCUUUCUUACGUGGGCGGCACACCUGAGUCAGACGGCCUCACCAACCUCAUCGGCUGCGUCAGUAACUUCUUCAUGAAGAGAAAUAAUGAACCCCAGACUGUAGAAGAUAUGAAAAAAGCUCAAGAGGGACACGAAUACACAUUUGUUUGCCCCUCCUCUUCAGUCCCACUGGAAAUACUGGAUUCACCACGGCGAAAGAAUCCAAAGAAUAAGCCUCAUGGAAGUUCGAGAAGUCGAAUGGCACGUGACUCCUGUCAGGGUGAGAUGUCCAUCCAGGAAGUCGACGCUCAUCAUUUCAGUGGCUCCUCCCACAGUCAUCUGAGAUUUGAUUCGCUGCCUCAAGCAUUUAGCAAGGCGCCGCACAUCUCUGUCAGUGUGCGUGUGAACUCUUCGAGUGGACUGAUUUUCCACGUGGCGGGAGGGAAAGGCCAGAGGACCAUGACGCUCUCUAUGUUCGAUGGCCAUCUGAUGCUGACGGUCAACGGUGGAAAGAGGAAGACCAGCAUACGCAGCAAAAACAAAUACAACGAUGGCCUGUGGCACACGGUGUUUGUGAGAGUGGAGGCUGACAGGGCGUCUCUGACAGUGGAUGGAAUCCACACCCAGAACAAGAGGGUGACGGGCGGAGGGAAGACUGUUUUUGGUGCUCCUCUCUAUAUCGGUGGACUUCCCUCUGACCACAGCGCAGCUAUGGCUGGUUUCGUUGGCUGUGUGCGGGAUCUGAAUCUGAACGAGGUGCUGUCACAGAGCCCCUCUCACAGCGUGGGAGUGACACCCUGCUACCAGCAGCCCCUCCAGCCCGGGGUUUACUUCUCCAGUCAGGGAGGAUAUCUGGCCAUCGACAAAUCGCCGGUGUUGGCCCGGGACCUCGAGAUCCAGCUGGAGGUGCAUCUGGUUUCGGACUCUGGACUUCUGCUGCACGCUGGAGCCAAGAAAACUCGACAGCUGAGUCUCUAUCUGAACCAGGGCCAGGUGACUGUGUUGGUGAACAGCGGCAGUGGAGAGUUUUCAGUCAGUCUCACACCAGAAGAGUCUCUCUGUGAUGGAGAUUGGCACACUAUUGCAGUUGUGAAGAAGAGCAAUGUCAUCCAGCUACACGUGGAUGCGGCGAGUGAACAUGGAGUGGGUCCCAAACCGAGCAGAUCAAAUGGGGGCAAAGAGACUGUUUAUCUGGGUGGCGUGCCAGAUACCAUAGCCGUGCCAGGUCUCCCGUCAACCGUCCUCUCUUUCCACGGAUGUGUGAGGAAAGCCAUACUGAACCACAGGCCUGUCAUGCUGUCCAAACCCCUGUCAGUGUCUGGAUCUGUGGGGACUCAGGGCUGCCCUGCAUUAUAGACCACAGCUACAUUAAUCCUACAUACUCUACACUCACACUAUCAAAUCAGCAGGUGGUGGGUUUGCUUAGCGUUUAAUUUAAACUGAUAUUUAUGUUUACUUUCAUGACACUUGUGUAUGUAGAUU